AUGUGCUACGACCGCUACGUGUCCAUCUGCAAACCCCUGCACUACGGGACCCUCCUGGGCAGCAGAGCUUCUCCGCCGCUCGGCAGCGCAGCCGCCGGGGCGGGUGGGGAUGCCCGGCCCGGGGCGGGUGAGGGGCGCUCGGGGGCCGUUGCUGGCCCCGGGCCGAGCGCUGACAGCCGCGUCCCGCCCGCAGGGAAGGCGCAGGAGGCCCUGCAGGAGCGGUACCGCCUGGGUUCCCUGCUGGGGCGCGGCGGAUUCGGCAGCGUCUGCUCGGCGACGCGGCUCUCGGACGGCGCCCCGGUGGCCAUCAAACGCGUGCCGCGGGAUCGCAUCCGGCACUGGAGCGAGCUGCCCGACGGCACCAGCGCGCCCCUGGAGAUCGUGCUGCUGGCCAAGGUGUCCUGUGGGUGUGCUGGUGUCAUUCAGCUGCUGGAGUGGCUUGAGCUCCCCGACAGCUUCUUGAUGGUGAUGGAGCGUCCAGAGCGGUGCCAGGAGCUCUCGGGUUUCCUGGUGGAGCGGAGGUUCCUGCCGGAGGAGGAGGCGCGGGGGCUGUUCCGCCAGGUGCUGGAGGCCGUGCGGCACUGCACCAGCUGCGGGGUCCUGCACAGAGACAUCAAGCCCGAGAACAUCCUGCUCGACCUGGCCAGCGGGCAGCUGAAACUGAUUGACUUUGGCUGUGGCGCCUUCCUCCAAGACACAGCCUACACCCAGUUUGCAGGAACCCUGGCCUACAGCCCUCCAGAGUGGACCCAGCACCAAAGCUACCAUGGUGAGGCAGCGACGAUCUGGUCCCUGGGCCUCCUGCUGUACCAGCUGGUCGUGGGGAAGCACCCGUUCAGGAGGGGCCAGGAGAUCAUCUGGGGGCGCAUCUUGUUCCCAGCACGGCUCUCUCAAGAGUGCCAAGAUGUCAUUAAGCGGUGUUUGUCCAUGCAGCCCUCGGACAGGCCAUCAUUAGAAGAGCUUUUCUGCCAUCCUUGGGUGCAGGGUGCUCCUCGGCCCUAGAAGAUGGGAGAGAUCCAUGUGCACAGUUGGAUCCAGGGGCCUGGCAGGGAAGGAGAAGGAGCUCCUGGAGAAGCUGUACCAGGUGGGGCUGCUGCUGGAGACAGCAAGGACAACCUCAAGGACGACAGUCUCUUCCUUGGCCUGGCCAGCUGAAGAAGAUGGACUUGGAUUCUGGCACCUUCUCUAAAGACACACUCCACACCCAAUUUGCAGCCGGGCUCUGCGGGUGCUGAGGCUGCUCUGGGCUCUGCCAGGGCUCUGUUGGGCUCAGCCCUGGGCACAGCUGGGCUGGCUCUGCCCUCACAUUGCUCUGACAGCUUUGCAUCAGACAAGCCCGUUCCGAGCACAGCGCCUGAGCUUUCUGCUUUGGCAGAGGUGCCACAAGUGGGCCAAAGCUGGCGAGUGGGCCGUGUCCCUGAGGCAGUGCAGUCUGGAGCUGAUGGAUGGAGAAUUGCCUUUCUGCACUCCCAAACCAGAGGAAAAAUCUAAAACAUGCUGUAAAAAAAGAGUGUCCUUUGCUCCUGGUUCCCAUGCGGAGCAGCUCCCUUCCUGCUGGCUGAGCUGCUCAGGCAGAGCCCGGCAGCUCCUGGCCAUGCAGGGCUGAGGCUUUUCCCCACUGCUGGGCACAGACUGAUGGAGCAGCACUGCUGAACACGGGCACACCCAGAGGGACCAAGAGCAGCUGCCUUUGCCCACCUGAGGCUCCAAGGCCCAAACUCUGAGCAGCCAGGGCUGGAAGAGACUCGCAGGCUCCCUGGUGGCUGUGCUGCCCCACUUGUGCCCGGCCCAGCUCUGCAUGAGGCAGAGGGAGAA